AUGAUCACCACACCAUUAUUGACGCUGUUCCUGAUCCUCCCUUCCCUCGCUUUGGGUGGCCACAAUGAUCGAAUGGAUGUACGACAUAUCAGGCAACGUAAUCAUGCUCGUGCUGCCGCCGUCCAAGAAUCUGAAUCCCACAUGCUUAGAAGGGAGUUCAAUGAAGCUGUGGAACACAAGAUGGCAAGGAAGUUAUCCAAUGCCGAAUUCGCUAAGAGAAAGGUAGAUGGAGGCCAAUGUAGACCUAGAAACGCAACUUCUCCAACGACUUUGACUAGAAGUAUCUCAGCUUCAGCUACUGCUUCUUCAAGCGUUACCUCGACUGUGAUUUCUUCUGCUUCUAUCACUGUCACUUCAGAUGCGGCAAGCUCGACCUCGACCCAAGAUCAAGUCACUACUGAAAGCUCGACCUCAACCUCAACUUCAACCCAAGACCAAGCAACUUCAACUUCUUCAGCCGAAUCUACAGCUGCAACUGGUCAGACUUUGUACUCCUCAGGCGGAUCUUCCGGUCACACACCUAACGGAAACAAAGCAGGUGUCAGCGCAGGCGAUUCUUUGGCCUGGUUGAGUGGUAAAUUAGGUUGGUGGUAUGAUUGGUCCGCUACACCUUCUGGAAGUUGUGGAAACGCUGUUGCGGUACCUAUGAUCUGGGGUGGUGGUACUGCCGACGGGGAUGAUGCAGCUCGUCUCGCUGCAUUCAAAGCUUUGAGCUAUGCUCCUGAGUAUAUCAUCGGUUUUGAAGAACCUGACUGUGCGGCUGGUUCAGGUAGUGCAGGAUUGGAUGUAAACACAGCGAUUUCCAUCUGGAACGAAUACGUCGUGCCUAAAGGAGAAGCUGGAUCGAUUCUCGUCGGACCUUCUAUGUGUAAACAAGCUGCCGAAAGUGGAUGGUUGGGUCCUUUCAUGGCUGGUGUUACCAGAAAGCCGGAUAUCAUGAAUAUCCACGUCAACAAGAACUCGGCUGCUGGUAUUAACGCCGAUAUCGAUCACUAUUAUAACACUUACGGAUUACCAAUCUGGGUGACUGAAUUCGCUUGUGUUGACGAUUCAACAGGUUUCGUACCAUGUACAGACCAAUCUGAGAUUGAUUCGUUCAUCCACACAGCGGUCGACAUCUUUGAAUCUGAUUCUAGAAUUGCCGGUUAUGCUUAUUCAAACGGUUAUGGUUUGGGUGAUGUUUGGCCUAUGGUGUCCAACGGUCAACUGACUGCUUCUGGUCAAACCUAUCUAUCGGCUUUGAGCAAAUACCAUUAA